GAGCCACCGCCCCCUCGCCGCUUCGCGGCUGUUUGGGGAUCCCGGACCGCGGCGGCGCCGGGUUGUCCUGAUGGUCCCCGGCCGGCGGCGGCGGCAGAGGCGGCGGGAGGAUGACCUCUCCCCGGGAGCGGGGUGCCGACCUGGCCCGUUUCUACACUGUCACCGAGCCCCAGCGACAUCCAAGGGGCUACACGGUGUAUAAGGUCACCGCCCGGGUUGUUUCUCGAAGAAAUCCAGAAGAUGUCCAGGAGAUAAUCGUAUGGAAGAGAUACAGUGACUUUAAGAAACUACACAAAGAACUAUGGCAAAUUCACAAAAACUUAUUCCGACAUUCAGAAUUGUUUCCUCCAUUUGCUAAAGGGAUAGUGUUUGGACGAUUUGAUGAAACUGUCAUCGAAGAGAGAAGACAGUGUGCAGAAGAUUUGCUACAGUUCUCUGCCAAUAUCCCCGCUCUUUAUAACAGUAAACAGCUUGAAGAUUUUUUCAAGGGUGGAAUAGUUAAUGAUGGUUCUGAAUUGAUUGGACCUGCGGAAGCUUAUUCGGAUUCCCUUGUUGAUAGCUUUCCGGAGUGUAGUACUGAAGGUUUCUCCAGUGACAGUGAUUUGAUAUCUCUUACUGUGGACGUGGAUUCUCUUGCUGAGUUAGAUGAUGGAAUGGCUUCCAAUCAAAACUCUCCCGUUAGAACUUUUGGUCUCAAUCUUUCUUCGGAUCCAUCAGCAUUAGGGGCCGUUGCUUCUGACAGCGAACAGAACAAAACAGAAGAAGAACGGGAAAGUCGUAGCCUCUUUCCUGGCAGUUUAAAGUCCAAGCUUGGCAAGAGAGAUUAUUUGGAGAAAGCUGGAGAAUUAAUAAAGCUGGCUUUAAAAAAGGAAGAAGAAGAUGACUAUGAAGCUGCUUCCAAUUUUUAUAGGAAAGGAGUUGAUUUACUCCUAGAAGGUGUUCAAGGAGAGUCAAGCCCUACCCGUCGAGAAGCUGUGAAGAGAAGAACAGCAGAAUAUCUAAUGCGAGCAGAGAGUCUCUCUAGCCUUUAUGGAAAACCUCAACUUGAUGAUGUCUCUCAGCCUCCAGGAUCACUAAGUUCAAGGCCCCCUUGGAACCUAAGGAGCCCUGCCGAGGAGCUGAAGGCCUUCAGAGUCCUUGGGGUGAUUGACAAGGUUUUACUUGUAAUGGACACAAGGACAGAGCAGACAUUCAUUUUAAAAGGUCUAAGGAAAAGCAGUGAAUACAGCAGGAACAGAAAGACCAUCAUCCCCCGCUGUGUGCCCAACAUGGUGUGUCUGCACAAGUACAUCAUUUCUGAGGAGUCGGUAUUUCUUGUGCUGCAGCACGCGGAAGGUGGCAAACUCUGGUCAUAUAUCAGUAAGUUUCUAAACAGAAGUCCUGAAGAAAGCUUUGACAUCGGGGAAGUGAAAAAAUCUGCACUCACUAAAGUUCACCUGCAACAGCCAACUUCUAGUCCUCAGGACAGCAGCAGCUUUGAAUCCAGAGGAAGCGAUGGUGGAACGAUGCUUAAAGUUCUGCCUCUGAAGACUAGUCUUACUCCAAGCUCUCAAGAUGAUAGCAACCAAGAUGAAGAAGGCCAAGAUAGCUCUCCAAAAUGGCCAGAUUCUGGCUCAAGUUCAGAAGAGGAAUGUACCACUAGUUAUCUGACCCUAUGCAAUGAAUAUGGGCAAGAAAAGAUUGAGCCAGGGUCCUUGAAUGAGGAGCCUUUCGUGAAGAUCGGAGGGAAUGCUGUUGAUCCCAGAGUUAUCGAAAGCUUCCCAGCACACCUUGCUGCUGACAGUGGCAGCCCCAGCACCCAGCACAUAGCUCACGAGCUGAAGUUCUUUGCUGGAGAUGAUGACCUAGAAGCAGAUAGUUCUCCAAGAACGUCAGAUUCCCUUAGUAGAUCUAAAAACAGCCCCAUGGAAUUCUUUAGAAUAGACAGUAAGGAUAGCACUAGUGAACUCCUAGGCCUUGAUUUUGGAGAAAAAUUGUAUAGUCUAAAGUCAGAGCCUUUGAAACCAUUUUUCACUCUUCCAGAUGGAGACGGCACUUCCAGGGGUUUCAGUACUAGUGAAAGCAAGGUAGAGUUUAUAGCUCAGGACACCAUUAGCAGGGGCUCAGAUGACUCUGUCCCAGUUAUUUCUUUUAAAGAUGCUGCUUUUGAUGAUGUCAUCGGCACUGAUGAAGGAAGGCCCGAUCUCCUUGUAAAUCUACCUGGUGAACUGGAGCCCAUCAAAGACGGUGAAGCAAUGGGACCUACUCCGUUUACACAGACUAAUAUAGGCAUAAUUGAAAGUAAAUUGUUGGAAGCCCCUGACGUUUUAUGCCUCAGGCUUAGUACUGAACAACGCCAAGCAAGUGAGGAAAAUGGCACAGAGGAAUUGAGUGAUCCCUCCAGGCCUAAAUCCCAUAGUAUAGCGGAGAAACACAGCGCACAGGGGGAUCUUGGGAUGUUGUUUGUAACAGCCGGUGAUCACAGUAGUUCAGGAGACAUGUCUUUGUUACACAGCUCGGAUCCUAAGUUCCAAGGACUUGGAGCGGUUGAGUCUGCAGUCACUGCAACCAACACAGAAGAAAGCAUAUUCCAUAUUUCUAACCCACUCUCAGGUGCUAAUGAAUAUAAUGUAAACACAGACACUUUAAAAACUGAAGAAGUAUUGCUGUUUACAGAUCAAACUGAGGAUUUGGCUAAAGAGGAACUGACUUUGUUUCAGAGAGACUCAGAGACUAAGGGAGAGAGUGGAUUAGCACUAGAAGGAGACAAGGAAAUACAUCAGAUUUUUGAGGACCUUGAUAAAAAAUUAGCACUAAACUCCAGGUUUUACAUCCCCGAGGGCUGCAUUCAAAGAUGGGCAGCUGAAAUGGUGGUAGCCCUUGAUGCUUUACAUAGAGAGGGAAUUGUGUGCCGCGAUUUGAACCCAAACAACAUCUUAUUGAAUGAUAGAGGACACAUUCAGCUAACGUAUUUUAGCAGGUGGAGCGAGGUUGAAGAUUCCUGUGACAGUGAUGCCAUGGAGAGAAUGUACUGUGCCCCAGAGGUUGGAGCAAUCACAGAAGAAACGGAAGCCUGUGAUUGGUGGAGUUUGGGUGCUGUUCUCUUUGAACUUCUUACUGGCAAGACUCUGGUUGAGUGCCAUCCAGCAGGAAUAAAUACUCACACUACUUUGAACAUGCCAGAAUGUGUCUCUGAAGAGGCUCGCUCACUCAUACAACAGCUCUUGCAGUUCAACCCUGUGGAGCGUCUUGGUGCUGGAGUUGCUGGUGUUGAAGAUAUCAAAUCUCAUCCAUUUUUUACCCCUGUGGAUUGGGCAGAACUGAUGAGAUGAACAGAAUGCAGGGUUAUCUGUGCACAUUCUGAUCUUCUCUGUGACAAGCAUCUCCAGCACAGAGGCAGCUCUGCCUCACAGUCACUUAUGGAGCACCAAGACAUUGGGAUAAAGACCUUUAGAGGAAACGGGGGAAGAAAAAGGCUGAAAGAGAACAGUUCCUUUACCAUGACUCUCUGGACAAGAUAUUGGCUACAUUUGCAAGGGGCUUUUAUGUGCAAACCUUUAACAAAGGUUUGAUCUUUAUUUUAUCUGCAUUUAGUGUUGCAGACGGGUUGUAUGCCCAGCUGAAAGAAGAAUGCCCUUCAAGAACUUCCUCUGAAAGCUCCAAGUGUACAUUUAAGUGUUACUUGAAAGGAGGACCUUUACAUGGCAGCUAAUAGUGCUUUCUGCUAAGCAAGAUUGGUUUAUAUGAUCGUAAUUAAUAUUUGCCGAAUAAUACACUAAAAGUGCUUCAUGAAUAGUGUCAUCUGUGGAGCUUAAAAAGUGAGAAAAAAAAAGGAUAUAUACAUCAUGUCUGAUAGAAAACACGCACCAUGAUGCUAUAUAAUUAAUAUGUGCUGAAUGUGGUUCCAUACUAUCUCAUGCUUUCUGAAGUCCACGUGAAAAGAAAACUCAUGUUGUCAACUUUAUAGUUGGUUGGUUGGUACUGCUUAUGGAAGGGUUCGUAUAAACACUCACUGUCUCUCAACUUUAUCCUUCUGCGCCCUACACCCUUUGCCUAUUCUCUCAUAUUCGAUUCCCUUUUCCUCCACUAGUACAUAUGCAACAAAAAAGGGAAGGGAGUAUUUAUUUCCCCAAAUUGUAUCCACUUAAUAAGGACAAAGAAAUCAUGAUUAUAAAAUAAACAUGGUAAAAAUUGAAA